UCACUGUGGGCAACUACACACAGCCGCCGCCGCGCCCCCGCCCACACCGGGCCUAGUGCCCGCCCGGGUGGGCCCGGCCCCGGCUCCUGCCCACCGGGGCAACCAACCCUGCCGCCUUCCAGUCCCCUCUGGCGCUGGGAGUCGCGCAGGGCGGGACAUGGGUGACCGGAAGUGUGAGCUGUGAGCGUCGCCGCCCCGGGUGCCCAGGCCUGCGGCGCCGUCGGGGCCGCCGCGACGCACGCAUGGAGAGCGCUGGGCGCCGGGCUGCGCACCGACGGCUAACCGGGACGCACGGGCUCUGCUGGGCAGGGGCUGUGCAGAACCGACUGGCCUCUGGGGCAAUGAGCCGAGAUCCAGAGCCCGCAGCGGGCAAGGAGCGCGGCGCGCGGGCCUGCCCUGUUCGCGUGUGAACCGCGCGCGGAGCCCCGGGACUCGUGUCCCUGAACAGCCUGGGGGGAGCCGGUAGUACCGUGCCCUGAGUCCCGGCCCUCCGUGGAGUAGCCUCCCUGCAGCCCCUCAUUGGCAGAGGCAUGGUCUUCUGUGUGGACAACGAGGACCCUCGCCGACCGCUGCGAAGCACCAUGGUCCACUUCCAGGCUUCAGAAGUCCAGCAGCUGCUACACAACAAGUUCGUGGUCAUCUUGGGGGACUCUAUCCAGCGGGCUGUAUACAAGGACCUGGUGCUCCUGCUCCAGAAAGACUCACUGCUCACAGCUGCCCAGUUGAAAGCCAAGGGGGAGCUGAGCUUUGAACAGGACCAGCUGGUGGCUGGGGGCCAGCUGGGCGAGCUGCACAACGGGACACAGUACCGGGAGGUCCGUCAGUUCUGUUCGGGCUCUGGCCACCACCUUGUGCGCUUCUACUUCCUCACCCGUGUUUACUCCGAGUACCUGGAGGGCGUCCUGGAGGAGCUGACGUAUGGGCCUACCCCGGACCUGGUGAUCAUCAACUCCUGCCUCUGGGAUCUCUCCAGGUAUGGCCGCUUCUCAAUGGAGAGAUACCGAGAGAAUCUGGAGCGGGUAUUUGUACGAAUGGACCAGGUGUUGCCAGACUCCUGCCUCCUAGUGUGGAACAUGGCGAUGCCCCUGGGGGAACGUGUCACUGGGGGUUUCCUUCUGCCAGAGCUCCAGCCCCUGGCAGGCUCUCUGCGGCGAGAUGUGGUUGAAGGUAACUUCUAUAGUGCUACGCUGGCUGGGGACCACUGCUUCGAUGUCCUGGACCUCCACUUUCAUUUCCGGCAUGCAGUACGGCACCGUCACCGGGAUGGUGUCCACUGGGACCAGCACGCCCACCGACACCUCUCACACUUGCUUCUGAGCCAUGUAGCUGAUGCCUGGGGCGUGGAGCUACCCAAGCGUGACUUUCCCCUUGACCCCUGGACUGAGGACUGGCCGGAACCGGACCAUCUGUUCCAGGGGAACCAUGGGCAGCCCGCAGACUUCGGGGAGCAGCUUCCCUUACCCCCACCCCGGCCCUCUCCCCUCCCCCCUCCCAUGCCUUUUCCCUUCUCCCUUCCUCAGCCUUCACGGCCUCCCCUGUUCCCACCCCUCCCCCAGGAUGCCCCCUUUUUCCCAGGCCAGCCCUUCCCACCUCAUGAAUUCUUCAACUAUAAUCCAGUGGAAGACUUAUCAAUUCCGCCACACUUAGGAUGUGGUCCUGGAGUGAACUUUGUGCCUGGCCCCUUGCCACCUCCAGUCACUGGCCCAGUCCCCCAUGGUCAACACCGGAGCCCAGUGGUCCAUCGGGGGAUGCCACGCUGUAUACCCAAUGGCCCCUACCAUGUGCCAAGGAUGGGGGCGCCCUGCAGACAGCGACUCAGACACUCAGACAGAUUGAUCCACACAUACAAACUGGACAGACAACCUCCUGCCCAUUCGGGGACAUGACUUGGGUAGGCUGGAUAUUGGGCUGGGGUUGGAUGUGUCAGUGGCCUUGCAGGGCUUGCUAGCCAUGCCUGAUGUUGGGCCCAGGUAUCUGCUAUGCGUGGUGUUGUUCUUGUCCAUUGCUGUCACCAAUAAAGGCAUGGAAGAACAGAGUGGCA